UUGUCUGUGGAUGAUGCCUAUGGUGAGGAGACGCCCAAGAGUGAGAUGGUCUAAUCAGACUUUCAGGGGUCAAUUAUUCUCCUCGCCAGUACAUACGUCAACUCCAGCCACUUGGAUUCGUAUCAUGAGCAGAACUCAACAAGCCACUGGGAUUCGUAACCUGAACAGAACUCCAAAAGACACUGGGCCACGUCGAACCUCAAGCAGAACUCCACAAGCUACUGGGACUCGUCGAACCUCAAGCAGAACUCCUCAAGCCACUGGGACUCGGAACCAGAGCAGAACUCCACAAGCUACUGGGACUCGAGACUCAAGCAGAACUCCUCAAGCCACUGGGACUCGUAAAACCAGCACUACUCUACAAUCUACUGGGACUCGCGACUCAAGCGGAACUCCUCAAGCCACUGGGACUCAUAACCAGAGCAGAACUCCACAAGACACUGGGACUCGUCGAACCUCAAGCAGAAUGCCACAUGGAAUAGGUGCUACAUGAGGAGAAC